CAUGAGAUCUAUAGACAUGCCAACCGAAAAACUUUUGGAUCAGUUCCAGAAGUGAGUUCAAAGAAGACGGAUCGUUCAGUUGAGCAAGCGCUGUUGGCAGUGAGUUUGUGCCAAGUGAUCACUUUUUUACCGGUGUCCCUCACUAGUGAUCUUACGAUGGUGCAUCAACAGUUGAAGCGCCAAAACUCCGGACUCCCCCGAAUGGAGUCCAUCAAUCGGUUCAGCAACAUCCCCGUUGUGGAAACCGGAUUGAAAACGGCAGGUACGGUGUAUCAUAAGGUGAAGACUAGCAACAGCCUUUUCAACUGGGGCUUCGAAACGGCGGAAUCGAUCACUUACGCGUUUGUAGAUUCGCUUCGGCCAGCUACCAGACUUAUCGAAGGACCUCUUCAUCGUUUGGAUAACUUUAUGUGCAAGAGUUUGGACUUUGUUGAAACUAAGGUUCCCUCGAUGUAUCUUCCUCCGGAAAUGAUGUACUGGAACACCAAGGAGUAUAUGUCGGAUCACCUGGUUAAGCCAGUGCUCAGCCGGGCUAAUUCGAUGAAAAAUCUAGGCCAUGCCGUUCUCGAUUCCCGGGUAUCGAACUACGCCGCCGAUCGACUGGAUGGAGCUUUGAAUGUUUGCGACAAGUACGUCGAUCGAUUUCUUCCAGCCGAACCGGCCGAAGAUCAGCCAGACGAAAAACUGUUCAUCCUGCAUGAAAUGUACGUGUACAUUGCAACAGCCGCUCAUUCCAUCCAAACAUACCCCGAUGAUUCAAAUGAAAUGCACGUGAUCCAAACCAUACAUCGGGGCCAGAAAAUUUCUAGAAAACUUACCCGACGACUCACUUUCCGGACCCGCCAGGAGCUGAGUGCGCUCAAAAAGCAAAGCACAGAAGCGGUCCACGUGGUGUUCUAUGCGGCCGAACUGAUAGCCACCAAUCCACGUUUGGCCAUGCAGAAAGGAGUAGAUCUCUGGAAAUAUCUUAGCGCCGAUGAACCGGAAAACCAGGCUCGACCCAAAACCAUGGAACAGCUAGUGGUACUUCUGACGAGGGAAUCGGCCCGAAAGGUUGUCCAUUUACUCAAUUUUACCGCCACAUCGGUAACCAAAAUUCCGAAAAAGAUUCGAUCCCAAACCAAUGAACUGGUACAUCAUUUUCUGUAUGCCACGGAUCGGCUGAUAAAGGCUGUCCACCUGGAGAAUGCCAAGAAUGCGACAAUUUCGGAAGCAACCGGACUAAUGCACCGUAUCCAACACACCUAUGACGAACUUCAAGUACAAACAAACUCGGCUUUGGAACGUUUAGCAAUAUUUUUGUCCGGCCGUUUGGAAGCCGAGAAGAUCACCACCAGCGACAAUGCGUCAUGGAGACGAAUUCAUAAUCGAGCGAACCCUAAUUCGAUGCAUUCUAGCAUCAAUGGCGUUUAUUAGCGUACGGACGGCUGAACUCAUGGACCAGCAGCUGAGAAGAAACGACGGAAGGGGACAGCCGCCAGCUUUGGUGGAAAUUCGAAACGAACCGAACGAUGCUGGACAUUGCAAUGGACGAAGCUAGAUUUGCGGCUAAUCAACAAGAGCAGACUAACACCCUUUUUUUAAUCCAUUCUAAUCCAUGUUUAAAAUAAAUUAAAUAACCAAACUGUUGUGAAAUGUUA